AUGUCCCUCCGUCAAGACACAAUUAAUGGUCCGUCAAGCCAAUCUUCAAACUCAUUCCCAAUAGAAGGCUCAUCAACUUCAAUGUCUAGAUCGCCUUCAAACCAGAAUUCAUUGGAUAGCAUGACAAGAAGUGUAAGGUUUCAAUUACCAUAUGACCAGAAUAUACAGCAGCAAUCAAAUAUAGGGGGGGUUGUUGCUGCCAAUUCUAAUACAUCAAACUACACUUAUCAAUGUACCCAGCGUCAAAGGCAAGGAGUCAAUAAUCAACUAUGUGACCCAAGGGGUUAUCAAUUGGCUGUGGAUGAAACCCCUAGGUCGGUUCAAUCCAAUAGAAGAUGUUCUGAGCUUUGUCAGAGCUUACAUAUGGAAGAGGAUUUGGAUGAAUUUUAUUUCCAAUCAAAUUCAAAUAAUCUAAUGCGGAUUCAAGGGGGAGAUCCACCUGGUAUCAGGAGUAUGCCGAGACAUCCAGAUAUGACAAAUACGACAUAUUCAGCUACUCCGCGCGAAAUGCCAUUUCAAAUUCCAAAUCGGUCGCAAAUGAAUUACAAUUCACAUGAAAAUAAUUUUAUUAAUGGAGUUCAGGAAUUUACGGAACAUCAAAGGAAUUUGUUAGCGGGUUAUGCAAAUAGGAUAACCAAUACUAAUCCUACUUCUCCAUUCUCAUUGCUUAAUGCUAUCCCCAUAGAAUCAAUCCGUGCUAUGUUAUUAGCUGAUCAAGGAAUUCAUNCUUAA